AUGCUCGAGUACUUUUCCUAUAAGAAAUUCAAGAAGAGUAGGGAAGAGAAGGAGAGCGCAAAGGAGACCACAAAAAACGAUGGAAAGCAAGAUGCAGACGCAAACAAGGAGGCCGACAAGAAAGACGACAACUACGAUUCGUCUGGCUCGGAGCUCCAUCACCCAAAGACAGUUCUCAAGCCCGAGGACGAGCGAUUCCUAGAGGAGCUCCUCGCCCAGAACACUGACGAAUCUCCGCCACCGCUGCCGCCUCGCAUCUACACAUACGAUGUAGACUGGCAUUCCGACAAUGAAAGUUCCAUCGAUGAAUCAAAGCAGAACACCGAUGACGACAAAGACAAGGCCGGCAAGACGUCCGACGCUGCAAAGAAACAAGAAGCUGCCGAAGAAAAGCCAGACAAGAAUGGAAAAGAAAAAGCGGAAAAGAAGCCCAACAGGCUGUCGCUCUUGUUUACGAGAAACAAGAAACCGGCAGAUACCGUCAAGUCCAGUGACACACUCAAGCCAGACACCGAAAACGUCACGCCCAAAGAAGCCGAGCGCGAGAAGAAGGACCUCACCCGCGUCCUCGACCUCUUGAACCUCUCCGCCAAAAACAACAAGGCUGUGACCGAAUCCAAGGAUUCGUCCGAUAUCCUUCAGAGAUUCACCCAGAUCUUCAAGGAUCUCGUCAACGGCGUGCCCACUGCCUACGAUGACCUUACUAAGCUGUUCGAUGACAGCGAUGGCUCCAUCAGCAAGCUCUUUGAAAAGCUACCCUCGUCGCUGCAGAAGCUUGUUACGCAGCUCCCGGAUAAACUGACGACUACGCUGGCCCCAGAGCUUCUGGCUGCCGCCGCAGAGUCGCAGGGGAUCAAAGUGGCCGAGGGGGGCAUGAAGGGCGCGGCUAAGAGGAUGCUCUUUGGGCAGAACUUGGCAAAUCUGGUCAAGAAGCCAGGUGCCAUUGUUGGGAUGCUCAGAGCAAUCGUGGAGGUCCUGAAGUCAAGAUGGCCGGCGUUUAUUGGCAUGAAUGUCAUCUGGAGCGUCGCUCUAAGCUUGUUGCUUGUGGUUCUUUGGUACUGCUACAAGCGCGGCCGUGAAGAGCGCAUUCUUCGUGAGGAGGCAGCAGCUGGAAACGAAGAGGCCGCUCGCCGACUAGCAGAGCUUUCCGAAGAGGAAGAAUCCGAUCAGAACGACAAACCAGCUACGGACGCCAAAGAAGCUCAAGAGGCUGCAGGAGUCCUAGAGGCGGCAGGGGCUGCAGCAGCCGCGGGAGCCAUACCAGUCAUCAUAACGUCGCCGGAAGGAAAACAAGUAGCAGCCCCGAAAGAACCUGAAGUCUCACCAACUGACGAUGUGCCGCCAUCAAAUGCUCCCGCGGAGGAGAAGAAUCACUACUAA